AUGCUGCCUUCUAAUGCAUUGGAUGCCAUCAGGCGCUGUGACCCUAUCAUAUUCCCAAAUAUAUUUAUGUUACUUAACAUUUUGUAUUGUCUCCCUGUUUCUACUUCAACGCCAGAAAGAUCUUUUUCUAGCUUAAAAAGAAUAAAAACCUACCUCAGAAACAGUAUGAAAGAGGAUCGUCUCAAUGGAUUGGUCCAAUUGAAUUAUUAUCGAAAUAUCGUCAUCACGCCAGAUGAAUUAUUGAAUGAAAUGGCUUAA